UUUUGUGUUUAACUGGAAGCCUCUGACGUAACUGGGAUUACGUGACGGAAUAUCUCUCAGUAGUAAAGCUGUCAGUGGAUUGACUGGGCAUAGACUUCUCACGGAGAGCCAACCAAUGUGUAUGUGGGACACCGUAGUACCCGCAUAAGCUACAAACAUAGCUCGAAGAUAAUCCCGAUUUCGAUGGGGUGAAGAAAAUAUGCAAGACUCUAUAAGAACGUUGAAAUUUCCGUUGAAAGUAGCACCCCAGGCAAUGGACCAUUACCUAUAGACGAGACAUGAUGACGAAUUUAACUGGAAUCUCACGCAAAAAGUCAUGUGACAUCAGUGGGGUCAGUAACAAAAAUAUGCAAAUGGUCGAAGUGAUGAUGGCCUUCCUAUGAAUUUGUUCUGUGGAAUGAAGAAAAUCUUGAAGAGGUCUUGAAAAUGAAGAUUCACCUGCUCUGUCAAGAAUAUUACCUACUCCGACAAGAACAAAAAAUGGCCAUUUGUCAGUGUUUAACUGUGUUUGUUGUAACGUGGAUUAUUUAUACUUCAGCAUACGGGAAUCAGGGAAGUCCCACUUCUGUGCGUACGUAUGAAAUAUUCUUCUCGGUAAAGCCAUCUGACAACAGGAAUCUUCACAAAGUAGCACAAGUGGAUUAUAGUGCUGUGCUACUAGGAUGCGAGAGAUGUGGAAACGAUGUAUUGUAUCACGGUUUGUUAUUACCAAGUACAUGGAUUUUCACUGGGUAUAUCCCAACAGUAUGUUAUAUUAACGGAAAAUGGUCAAUGAACACUCACAAUUGCUCAUGCGGCAAGUUUGAUACUGUAUUGAUUGAGAAGUACCCAUUACACGUUACGCAACACAAUAGGGUUAACUUCCAAGUCACCGAAGAUCUGAAAAGUUUAUAUCAUUGCAAAAGUUAUACGAUAAAACUUCGUCAUGAGAAGGCUAAGGUGGACUGUCGAGUAACGUUUGAGUGCUACAGGGACAUUUAUAGCCAUCUGAACGCUUCAGCCUACACGGAUUAUCCGGAAAAGAAUCAGCUGCUCAUAACAUGCGGAGGCUGUCCCGUUAUCGAGGAUUCUAAGUUUGCUGAGCUUAUGAUUCCCCCGAAAUCCCGAGGUCGACCUGUAAACCUCGUCAAACAUCCUCUUGCGAGUUCAACAAAGAUUCAGAAAGAGCAAAACAAACAGUUCAGGAUCGACACCAGCGGCCAAAUCCACACAAAUCUGUUGAACGAAAGCGGGGAUAUGAGCACGCCUUGGCGAACCGCAAAUAGAAAGGAAUUGUUCAGAGGCUGUCACACACUCAACCACAACAACAGCCGGAUUUUAAGGACAGAUUUUGUGAAGGUUCACUUGCUGAACAAAAAAGCUGCUUCUAUGACACAAUAUUCUCCGCAUCUCAAAAACGAGCUAUCCAAACUUAUCUUUGUGGAUUAUAAGAACAUAAUUCACAGAGAAACUCGAAUUCCUUCAGGAUUACAGCACAGGAAAACAGAAAACGAUUUGCCACGUAAUCCUAUAAAAGGAAUCUAUUUUUCUGAAUACUUAGAGGACAUGUGCAAAGUUGCUUUCCUUAAUUAUGAAAGCUCGGGUUGGUGGAGCCGGUGGAAACUACAGGACGUCUAUAAAAUGGAGAAAACUGGCUGCGGGUCGGGGCAGAAUCGUCUUGUCAUAUUUAAAGACGGAACGAAGGCUUGUGCUAGAUAUCGGCCAAAUAUUGACCAAAUACAGGGAGAGAUAUUUUCGUACUAUCUCAGCAGACUCCUUGGGUUAAAUAAUGUACCCCGUCCUAUGGUGACAAAAAUAGAUACAAACGCUCGUCACUGGUCACGUGUUCGAGACUUCGUCGCUUCUGCCCAAUGGUCGACCCAAACACCGUUUGUGCUGACGCGAUGGAUAGAAAAUCUAACGGAAACUCACAUUCCACGAGAACUUCUUGGGUCCAGCGAGAAAUUAUUUCAAGGAAUGUUUUCUGUAAACAAUAAGUCACUUCACGAUAUAUGCCAGAUUUUGCAGUGGACGGAUUUGAUAAUUUUUGAUUUUUUAACAGGGCAUUUGGACAGAGUUAUCAACAUGAUGCACAACAGCAGAUGGAGCCCUCGGAUCUUCUCCAAGCCAGUUCACAACCUUCUCGCCUCAAAAACGUCCGCCAAUUUGGUAUUUCUGGACAACGAAUCUGGCCUUAUUCACGGAUACAGGGGUCUAGAUACUUUCGCAGCAUACCACGAGCGUUUGCUCAAGUCAGUGUGUAUUUUCAGACUCCGCACUGCUGCUGCAAUAGGUAGACUUCACCACAAUGGCAAUAUUGGCCAUGAACUCUAUGCUUUAUUUUCGUCUGAGGAUGUUAACUACAAAUUAAUCCCUGUUUUACCACCUGGUGUUUUACGAACAUUACAGCAUAGAAUAUCACUGGUUAAUAGACACAUUAAGACGUGUGAAUCGACAAGAAUUAUUUAGCAAAACUCAUCCAAUAAUUCCCCACUGAUGGAAUAUCGACAGUGGUGCAUUAAUGUGGCAAAAAACACACACUAAAAUGAAGUACGUGUUAGAUGAAAUACUAUUAAACACCUGCCUUGGAAAAAGUUUCAUUUUUUGUAAUGAAUAAAAUGUGUUUGACUAUAUUGCGACCUGUGGCAUCACACCAGGCUUUAGCUACUUCAUAUUCAAAGACUUCUAGUCUUCUGCAUUCAAAAUGCAUAUACGUACACAGCUAUUAAUGAAUUCACUAAAUGGACCUUCAAGUAAAAUAUAAGGAUGUGGUUGUAAUGAUAGCCUUUGAGUUCCAUCAACAUCAAAAUCUGAUGUUUUGGAAUUUUACUUACCUAGAAAGAUUAAAAAAAGAAUAAAUCCCAAUAUUUUCCUAGACAUUGCUAAAUGUAUUUCAUCUGACCGCUACUUUUUUUUAGUGUAUUCUUUGCCCUUCAUAAUAGCUCUAAGUCGUAAACAAUUUACACGGUUGACUGGAAUCCAAGGCGUUGAAUUGGAAAAAAUCGAAGAACAGUUUCCCCAAAAUUCGGGUUAUGGGUGAUGUGGAGAUUAAGAGCCUCUUAGUGAGUGUUUUUAAAAACUUACUAGUAUACCCAAAGACGUUUACAGUAUUACUUAUCUUGCAAUGAUUCCCAAAUAUACCUCUGUAUGCAACCGUGUUUAUUCCAUGAUAAAAUUUCGUAGAUGGUUGUGUAC